GAUGGGCACGAGUGCGCAUGCGCAGACUUAUGUUCAGUCGCUGCCCCUCCAGAGUUGUGCUGGUCAUGGUUGUCCGGGUAACUGUGUGCCGCAGCCGGGGCUGACUUACCGCGCUGUGUGCUGCGUGCUAACGGGAUGUUACAGACGGCACAUUACCAUGAAGUAAACAUUCCAAGGAUUAUUGUUAAACAAGUAGUGAAACAUUGGUGUUUCCUCCGCAAGUGGGUGCACUCUAGGAACAAGUUUCUUUCAGUACCAUGUUCUGAAUGCAUCAGCUUCCCUGCCAUCAGGUGUAUGCUUUAAUACACAGAAACACUAGGUUAAUGACUGAAGAACAUACUCCGUUUAUAAUGGAGGACUAUACCACCAGGACCUAUGGAACCGGUGGCCCGGACAACAGACCUUUGUUUGGGGAGAACUCUGCAAGGGACAGAAUCAUUAACCUUAUCGUUGGUGGGUUAACAACCCUGCUGGUCCUGGUAACAUUUAUCAGUGCUUUCGUCUUCCCUCAACCACCUCCAAAACCAGUGAAUGUCUUUUUUGCUGUCUGCAUUUUUUUGUGCUCAAUAACCGGUCUCAUACUGAUUUUUUGGUACCGGCAAGGGGACCUGGAACCCAAGUUCAGGAAUCUGAUCUACUAUAUCUUAUUUUCUAUUGUCAUGUUAUGUAUAUGUGCCAACUUAUACUUUCAUGAUGUGGGGAAAUGAAGCAUGGAGAAAAGCACCAUAAACUGCACUGAGAAGCAUGUUGUACUGUAAUGCAACAGGAAGAUGGAAAUAUAUUGCGGAGCAAACACAGAAGUUUUAUUUUGUUGUUCAUUUUAGUAAGGGGAGAGCUACUGCCAUAAGAGACUGUUUUCUUUUAAACCAUUGUUGCACUUAAAGAUCUGGUGAGAGCCACUCACUGGUACUUCUUUCUUUCACUGAAUGUUGAUUUGUGGGAUUUGGGUUUUUUGGGGGUGUUUUUUUUUCAGCAUAACUGACAAACUCAGAACAAACAAAGAGUGCACAAUUUGUUAAAUAUUCUUUAUUUUCUUUAAAUAUAAUACAGAUUUCUUUUUUACUAUGCAACAGAUGCCAGUAAGUACUAUAUUUCACAUGACCAAAAUUGUACUAUUAGGCUGUAACAUUUUGAUUCUGUGGGUUUAAAUAAAUAAAUUUACAUGCC